GAGAGGCGAAAAUGAAGUUUUUGCUUCUGUUGCUAAUUUAUGAUGAAAAACAAAAUGUGAGCAAAAUGUAGGUCCAUUUCUAAGGGUACAAUAAUGGCGGGGAAGCGACGCAUAGCCAGCAACGCUCCCAGAACUCCUCUCAGUCGCCGUUCUGAGAAAGAGACAGAGGAGUUGGCUGUGACCCCUAGACAAGAGUUGGCUAAGAUGGGGCUAUGUAAGGAGGACCUGUUCAUGUGUUCUCAGCCAGCAGAUUCCCAGAUAGAUGUUAGAUGGGACUGCAAUUCACCUGAGGCACUGUUGCAGUUCAAAAGAUAUCGUGGUCAAUUCUUGAGAAGUGAGGUUGCUGACAUUGUGAAGAAAUUAGCUGAUGAGACAGAGGAUGGUCCCAGCACCACAGAACCUCUCCUAGGGUUGUGGAUGAGCAGUAAAGAUGACACUGGGCAAACUAAACCCUUCAAGAAUAACAUCCAGCGGCGGUCAGAUCGGAGGAGACGUAUCCGGAAACACCCCAGUUUAGCAUCAGAUCAAUGUGCUGAUGAACUGUUAGAAAAACUAACCAUGGCCUUGCAUAGACAUGAAGAUGCUGGAGAGGAGACUUUGGCCAUUUCCCCAAAUACUAAACAGGACAGAGUAUCACCUGGGUCACCGAAGCUGUUAACAGUUUAUGAAGAGUCUGAAGUUAUAGAUCAAGUGACUACAUUAGUCCACCAUGAGGCUAAACCUACCAAUAAUGCUUCCAAAGAUUUAUUUGAGAACUCAGGGAUGCCAGUCACAAGCAGGAGUUGCAUGCUGAUAAGACGUCAGGAAGCAACAGCCUUGUGACUGGGAAUUUGCAGACUGUUACUGAAGAAGUGCUGGAAGAUGACUGGAGUGAUGAUGACCUGUUUGCUAACGAGUCACUCCUGAUGAAGGCAGCUACUCUAGAUGUUUGUUCCCCGACGCCCCAGCCCACUUCGCGACUGAUGAAGCGGAAAUUACUUAUGAACUCCCCAUCAGCACCACUGAUAAAAACAAAACGUUUCUCAGAUGCACCUUGUGCGACCUCAACCCAGAUUAACCAGAAUGGAAUAUCAGGUGUCAAAAGUUUACCUGCCAAAUCCUUGAAAGCAGCUUUUGUCAGAAAUGAAGAGGCUUGCCACGAUUUGGAUUUGGAUAGUACCAGCAGAGCUAGAACAUCUACCCCUUACAGACCAGAUAAUACAAGUGACAAUUUGAAACUAACCACUGGUGUAACAAUAAUGUCUAGUGAUAGGUCAAAUAGUCUUUCAUUUACCAGAAAUAAAAAUCAAAGCCAGGACUGGAAGAAAAAUGUGAAUUUCAACAGUAACUGUAGAUAUAAUGGCCACAUCAGGAAUGCUUCAACUGCAGAAUCUAGCAGAAAUGAUGUGAUACCCAGUUCACAAACACUCCCACAUAAAAGAAACAUUCCUUCAACCACUGGAUGCUCCUUCAAAAGACACAAUACAUUUCCUAGCAUGUCUGUAAGCCCAAGAAAUGGGAGAGCCUUGAGACAGGUUGGCAAUCCAGUUGUACAAUACUGUGGUCUUUCAACUUUUAACAAAGGCAUAUCAAAGACGUCUAAAGACAGUGCACCAGUCAGCAAACCAGUUACAUUCACCUUAAACAGGGCAGGAAACAACACUUACGUUCCAACUGGUGUUGAUCCCCAAGGCUGCGGGCAGGCUUUGACAAGUGAUGAAUCAACAAAAAAAAACAUGUCAGGAUUACCCAAGCCUUUCGACUUUGUACCUUCUCCCAGAAGCAAUCGACGCCGGAGGUCCUCUGUCGAUGCUUCCAUGUUUAAUACCAGUCUCACAGAUGACCUUCUGUGUCAGCUGGCAGAACCAGAUGAAAUCCUUGACAGCCAGUUUGACAUGGGUGUGAUGGAGCAAACUAAACACUCUAACGUCACAGGUUAUCAGAACACUGGUAUCAAUUCCAGGAUAAGUGCUAAACAAGAGACAAACAAUACUAGAUCGAAUCAACAGAACCAUCUUCCUCUGGCCGAGCCAGAAACGAAAAAGCACUUUCAGGAAGCACAAAGCAUUAGAAACUAAAAAAACAGCAUGCACAGUUUCCAAAAUUGGACUGCAUCCUUCUGCACAGAGUUUUGGUGACAGUAGCUUGUCUUCAGGGGCAGGAUGUUCAACCAAAUCUUCAUUCACUAACAGCCAGAUUCCCCAGACUUUAACACAGAACCAGCCAGGAAAGUACCACUUCAAGUCACACCAUCCCAAACCUGAUGCCCACAAACCUGUUGCCCCCAAUCCUGGUGCUUACAAACAUGGCGCCUUCAGUUAUGGUACCCACAAAUCUGAUACUAUUAAUCUUGGUGCUCCCAAACCUGACAUACUCAAUUCUGGUGGCCGUAAAGCUGGCAAUCUUGGUGCCCACAAGCCUGGCCUCCUCAGUUCUGGAGGCCCCAAACCUGGCACCCUCAAUUCUGUAGGCCCCAAACCUUGGCCUCUUCAGUUCUGGAGGCCCCCAAACCUGGCCCCUUCAAUCAUGGUGCCCACAAACCUGGCACCCUCAAUGCUGGAGGUCCCAAACCGAGCACCCUCAAUCCCAGUGCCCUUAAACCAAUUACAGAUGUACCCAGUGGUGGCGGAGGGACAGGGAAACUGGUGCCUUUGGUGUCUACUAAUUUGGUGAAAACAUCCUCCAGUGAUGUGAAAGAUGCACAAUCCAAUUUUAAUGAUUCAUUUAUGAAUGAUGAUGAACUGUCAAAUCCAGAAGUGAUAGCCAUGUUGGACGAGGUGGAAUUUCAAGCCACACAAGCCAGCCAAGGUAGCAAAAGUCCAGUGUUUAAAUGUACCCCUGAUGAGAUCCAGAAGAAGAAAAAAGCUGCUAUGGAAAGACGCAAGAAAAAUCUUCAGCUACAAAAGAAAAAACCUGUUUUAAGAACUACAUCAAAGCAUUAUAAACCUUUGUUUUAACCUGUAUGCAUUUUUCAGUUUGGCUUUUUUUUUUCUUAUGUGCACUAGAUAUAUAGCUUAGAUAUCGUAUCAUGUUUUAGUGGCAUAAGAUCUGAAAAAUUUAGGUCUCUUUGCAGAGAUGAAUCUGGAAAUGUGGAUGAGUCUGUUGUAGCCAGAGACAAUUUUGUCUGUCAUCAGUAUUGUGAUAAUAGCCACUUCAGUAUUGCAGCAAGUUGAUUCCAGCAGAUUUUUCGCCUUUAAGACAGAGCAAAUUUUUUUAGGUUUUUAUCUAGAGUCAUUAAAUCUGUAGUAAUAGUAGUGCAGUGGCAAAGAAUAUUUCCAGAGUAACCAUAAUAUGACUAAAUGUAACCAAUGACAAACGAAUAAAUUACUUCAAGAACCUUGGCUAUAUGUUUUGGUGAGCUCAAAGUUUAUUGUUACCCUGGCAUAUAUUGAAGCUGUUACUAGUAACUAAAACUGUUAACUGAUGUAUAUAUUCUUGUUUAUAUGUAAAUAGUUCUUCUGUUUUACCUUUUUGUUAUGUACAGCCUUUGUUGAAUGUCUGUUCUCUAAUUAAGAAUCAUGGCCUUUCUACCACAAGUGUUUUACUUUUUGCAAAUGAUUUUUUUUUUUUUGUUAGUAAUGAUUAGUUAUUAGGUAGGUCAUUCGUUUUGACAUAAUUUCAGCACGAGGCUUACAAAAUGUCCUUCUGACUAAUGUUCAGUGUAUGCAAGUGUAGUGUUUAUACACAAGGGAUAAAGAGCUCAUCCUUUCAUCCACAGGCAUUCAUUCCACAAAGAAAUUUUUGAUGCUAACAAAAACUGAAACGUGAUUUGCAUGUCUCUCUUAAAAUUUUAGAACACAUAAAGUUUCAUCAUUUUACAAAUAUCACUCUGCGUUACUCAGAAGUGCAUCAGAGUGGUUUCUGGGACUACCCUAUAUCUUCUAAUUUUUGUCACACCUGGUCUGCUCAUUUUAGCCAAUGUAUGUGUAGUAGGAAUAUUGAGUUUCUUUUUUUCUCACAUGGUUAGACAAUCUAAUGAAUAAACUCAUAUUUUUACUUUUCCAAAAGGCUGGUAAAAAAAUGUAAUAUUCGACUGUCUACACUACUAAUAUCAGUCCAAAAUUUUAAAAGAAUUUGGGCAGUUGCACAAAAAUCGAACUACCAUGGUCACAUUACACCUACAGCACCUAUACCAUGCUAAUUAUCUGACGUCAAGACUACUAUAAUUAAGGAUUGAUUCAAGGUUAAAAACUAUGUGCAUUUAAUCUCUGAUGGUAUAGAUUUAAAGUAUAUAUAUUUAUAUACAGUGCAAAUGACGUCUUCUAAAGCUCAACCACUGCUGUGGCAUAUAUUGAGAUUUACAAAAGUCAUCUUAUUUUUAAUGUUAUCAGGUAUCUUCACUGACUAAUGCUUUGUAUGGUCACUAUCCUUUUUAAUUUGAGAGUUCACCAAUGCCUGUCUUGACCUAAAUCAAUGUAUGUUUUCUCAUUUGUAAGACUGUAAAUGUCAUGCCAGCCUUUGAUAUCAGAAUCUAGCCUACUCUGUGAAUGCACAGGUGUGCAUGGAUGCUUCAAGGCACAUCUUAUAUUUUUUAUUUGCUUACUAAGCUCCAUAG